AUGGUAGCCGGCGAAGAUGACUUGCUGGUAUUGAAACAGAUUGCAGGCCUCGUGGACACUCCUGAACUGAAACCGGCUGAAAUCUUGGACGAGACCGACGCCGGUGAGGCCAACGCUGUCUCCAUCUGCAGCAUCACCGACGAAGUUAUACCAAGGCUCGACGGAUGGUUCGACGAGUCGCAAGAACGCCUUGUUCGGUGCAACGGCAAGGAGCGGUACGCGCGGAAGUUUGAGCCAGACGCAAAACCGUGGAGUCUAGGCGGAUCGUCUGAAAGCUCAAAGCCAGUCAGAGUUCUCUCACUCGGUGACGGACCGGAUUGUGAUCCGAUUGCGCUGGUCAACUUUAUGGAGAACCUCAUGAAUGCGACAACCCCGGGCCUGAAACCAUGUGAUGCAUUUGACCUUAUCGGCGGCGUUGGUGUUGGGGGUCUCAAUGCCCUAUUUCUCGGACGACUUGGUUUCACUUUGGAUGACUGUCCCAGAUUGUCUCCCUGGUGGCCAUUGGUAUUUGAGCUAAUAACAAACGAUGAGGGAUUCACAGAAACUAUCUGGCAACCAAUGCUGGCUUCGGAAGAUGAAUCCCUCCCCACCACUAGGGAUGAAUACACCUUCGUUGUCGCAAAUCUGAAGAACAGACAAGACCAAGUGUUAUUGCGCACAUACCAUGGUUCCGAUUCAAAAAGGCUUUCUGAGCAGAGCAGAAUCCGAGAGGCUAUGAUUGCGACAGGUUCAUCAGUGUAUGGGCGAGCUUUCUGGCCCUGGAAUUUGAUCGAAUACCAGGAUAUUUUGUCACGCUGGCGACAGGAACAGGAGCUGGACUGGGAGUUUUCACCCGCUUCGGCCUACCCUUCAGCAGACCAAGUCACCUCAGCCACCAAUGACCCAAUAUACCACGCCUAUCGCGAGGCGCGCUCAAUCUGGCCUGACCGGGAGAUCAGGAUCGCUAGCUUCAUGCCUCGAAUGAAGACAGGUGACCCGGGACGCAAGGCUGCCAUGGAGGUACGCGGAUUCAAAGUGGAUUCCUCGCAGAAAGGAACUGAGGGCCAGCUCCUCCGCGCCGACGACGCGAUGGACUUUUCUUCGGCGGCGUUCUCGGAGAUGGGCAACGCAUUUUGGGCAGAUGGGUCCUGA